UUCUGAUUGGUGUAAAGUUUGUUCUGAAGUUUUAAUCGGUGAAGUAAAUUAACCUAACAAUGAGUCAUCCCCCAGUUUCCUGUAUUCCAAACACUGCCAAAAUGUCGAAGGCAAAAAAAGUGAUCGAAGAAGCGAAGGAGAUAAAUAAUCCUGAAAUUGAUUUAGUGGAUAAAGGGAUUUCAAGCCUCGAUGAAAUUCCUGGCUUGUUUGCUUUAGAAAACAUAACGAGGCUGACUUUAAGUCAUAACAAACUGCAAGUUGUCCCAGCUGGUCUUGCGAAUUUAAUCAACUUGGAGAUUUUGAACCUUGCUAACAACCACAUAGAGGAGCUCCCUGUUAGUUUGUCUUCUUUACCAAAACUCCGGAUUUUAAAUGUGUCACUUAAUAGAUUAUACACAUUGCCAAGAGGAUUUGGUGCAUUUCCUGUAUUGGAAAUCUUGGAUGUGACCUACAACAACCUUAAGGAAACCACACUGCCAGGAAAUUUCUUUAUGAUGGAGAGUCUCAGAGCUUUGUAUCUAGGCGACAACGAUUUUGAAUAUCUUCCUCCUGAAAUUGGAAAUCUUAAAAAUCUGCAAAUCCUAUCAAUGAGAGAAAAUGAUCUAAUUGAAGUACCUAGAGAGUUAGGACAACUGUCAAGGUUGAGAGAACUGCAUUUGCAAGGAAAUAGGCUUGUUGUUCUUCCCCCCGAAAUAGGGUCUUUGGAACUGGCAAGUAAUAAGUCGGUAUUGAGGCUGGAGGGUAACUUCUGGGUGCCUCCAAUUGAAGACCAGCUCAAGCUAGGGCCGUCUCAUGUGCUUGAUUAUCUACGCUCAGAGACUUAUAGAGUUUUGUACAGUAGGCAUAUGUCUGCCAAGCCACCGCCGCCGCCACAGACACUCGACAAAAGCAAGAAAGCAAGCAGAAUGCGAUAAACAAAUACCAAUAUUGUGUUCUCAAGGAAAGGUACUAGAAACUGUCAACAGAAGAGUAAUAAGAUUAAGUGAAGUUUCUUCGUGAAAGAAAUUGUUUAUUUUAUGAAAUUCUCUACUUUUUAAGAAUAAUGUUUAUUAUUUUGAUAAAGAUCGAUAAAGCAAGUAGCACCUAGAUGUUUCUACAAUCUGAAAUAUAGUGCCUUUACCUUUUAUAUAAUGCUUUAACAAAUGCUAAAAUUAAGUGUAUGUGUACUAAAUUUAUGUUAUGUGUUUAUCAAGUGUCGUGAAAUUGUAUUUAGUUGUGUUCGUUGCAAUCUUAACUAUCAUUUUGAUGAACAACUGUAUUUCCGAAUAUUUUAAAAUCUUUGUAUAGUAUAUAAACAAAUUAAUUAUUAUUGUUAUAACUUUACUCACCAAGUGCCAUGCAUAUUGUAAAAUUGUAAUUCAUAACAAAUGUUAAAAAUAGGUUGUUAAUUAAUAUUUUAUAUAUUUGUGUGUUAAAUAAUCAAAGCAACAUUUGCAUAAAAAUGUUUAUUAAAACCUUUAAAAACAGUCUUAUAAAAAAUAAGUUCACACAUUUACCUAUAAAUGCCUCAUUUACAAUUAAUAAUAAGGUGUAAAAACAUUUUUAGUACAUAUCCUAUUUGUGAAAGGGUAUACAAUUAUUAUCAAAGUUUUGCUGUUACUGAGCAAUUGUAUUUUACUAUAUCUAUCUUAUUUAAGAUAUUUCACAAAUAUAUCAAGUUUAUUUUUCAUACAUCUGUUUAAUGCAAUAUUCACAUAGAUUUUUUUUAUGUCUAAAUCACUAUAAUUUAUUUGCUGAAUGUCUUUAAUACUUGUUGGGAGACAAUUAAGGCAGAAUGUAAUGUUUAAGGAAUAAAUUAUUACUAAC